UAUAAUGCUAAUAUUUUAUUUACCUUGAUCUACCGACAACAACGGUAUUAUCUACCCUUGUUGAUCCGCACCGAGUUUGAUUUAUACAUCACUCCUGUUUCAAGAAGCGGGUACUCUCGGGAUAAGUGUUGAUCUACAAGUUAUAAAGGAAGUGAAGACAGGUUUACCUGCUUAGUGUUGACAUAUCUACUUACGUCAGUACUAGGAGAGAGGGAUCCAGUCAAUAUUGUCAACUGCCUUUCACCUAGUAGGUAUGGCUUAUAACACAUAGACGGGGUACGCAUGAAUUUCGAAAACUGAACGAGGUACGCCGUAUCAACUAUUUGCACAUUGUUCCAUUAAUGUUCAAAUGAGUAGCAUGGAUCGGAUUGUGAAGAAUGAACAGCAAUAAGAAAAAGAGUGGAAAGGAUUCUAAUCUUAGUACUGUUAAGGAGGAAACUGACACUUACUAUGGAGGAGGAAUUGAGAAGAAUACAUGGAAACGUGAUGAUAAAUGGAAACCCGCCUUCAUCACAGCAGGGGAGAGAAAGUCCACAGUGUUAUCAGUCAAAGAGGAAGAAAAGGAAAAUAGUAUCGAACAGGAUAUAGAAACAAGUAGUUCGCCUUCUCCGAAACCAACUCCGGAAAUAGUUGAUGAUUUAGACUCCAGUAUCUUUUCCUCCGAGUCCGACAUCAUUUCCCCUGCUCCGUCCGUAAGUCUUUCACAGACAGUGUAUACAAAAGCGUGCAUCAAGCUAGGUCUUGUACCGUCAACGUAUUUCUUCAAACACCUGACAGAGGUUGCCUUGGUUAUGCCUCAUCACGGGAUAGGACCAAGAGGUGCAAAGGCUGUAGCCAUAGCACUUGUACCAAACCAGACCAUUCAGAAGCUGGACCUAUCCAGUAAUGCUAUUGGAAGCGAGGGUCUAGCCCAUGUACUCGACAUGUUGUCCGGCAACUCUUCGAUCAAAGAGCUGAAUAUAUCCGGAAAUGAAUUGCUUUCGGCUGGUGCCAAAAUGCUCAAAGAAGACUUGUCUCGUCAUCGCUUCCUAACCAGUUUAGAUAUAUCGGCUAAUGGUUUCAAUGAAAAGGACGCCGAUGAAAUAGCUGAUUUACUCAUAGACAAUUCUAACCUGAGACACCUAUCUGUAGGGCACAACUCCUUUUCGGAGGGUGGAGGUGUAGCUAUUGGCAAAGCCUUGGAGGAAAAUUCAAGUCUUCAGUCAUUAGAUUUGCGAUGGAAUCACCUCCGACAAACCGGUGCAGUUUCUAUAUGCUGGGGUCUAUACAGUAACAAUACGCUGAAAUCCCUUAAUCUGUCCUGGAAUGGUUUUGGAAUGGAAGGUUGCCAUGAGAUGGGGAAGGUACUCAUGCGGAACCGUGGUUUGACAGAGCUCGACUUGUCUGCUAAUCGAAUCGGACUUGAUGCAUUCCGUCAACUUCUAAGGGGAAUCGUCAAGAACCGAAAACUCCGAACAAUUCGGAUUGGUAUAAAUCCUAUCACGACAGACGGUGCGACAGCAAUACUGCGAGCUGUCUGUGCGUCCGAUUCAAACCUCACAGAGAUCGACAUGACAGAUGUUUCGGUCGACAAUGACUUUGUCUCGCUCCUACAUGAAGUUCAGAAACAACGACAAAUGAAAGUGACGUAUGGUAAUCUGUUACGUCACGACGAGAUACGUCGUGGAAACUCGAGCUGGGUGCUGGAUAGUGACGAUCCAGUGGCCAUCUUGUUUGAGUACAUGAAGCAGAAGAACUUACGUCUGAUCGACCUCCUCCACAAUCUGGACAAGGACAACAGCGAGACUUUGUCCAGGGACGAGCUCCAGUUAGGACUUUCUAAUAACGACAUUCCAUUGAGCAGUCGAUCCUUGGACAUUUUGAUGAAACGUCUGGACGCCAACAAUGAUGGACACAUCACAUUUGAAGAACUUGCUGUAAAACAUAAGGAGUAUGUUCGGAGGGCGAUGAGAUUACGUGUGCAGGCAGAUGAAAGUCUCAGUCACUACAAGAAUUUUGACAAACUAGAGCAGAUCAGGGAGGCGGUCAAACUCAAGAUAGCUCUCAGUGUCACUACGAGGCCAAACGCUUUCAACAAGUGAUAGAAAGGGGUGUCGUGGUCCUAGAUGACGUAAUUUACCACGGCUAAUAUUACAUCAACGUUAUUUGACACUUGUUGAAGACGCUGGUUACCCAGCAUCAGGCAUGAGGUAAUGGUAAUGUGUAAUGCUAAUUAAUUGCAAUUAAUUACAUUUCGUUAAGUAAUUGGAUGUAAUGUGUAAUUAAGGAUUUUUUUAAUUACAUGCAAUAGUAAUUUAAUUAAUUACAUUGAAAAAUGCAUGUAAUGCCCAAUUACUUCUAAUUACUUUUCAUUACUUUAAUGGCCGGCAUACGACAGCUGAUAUCAUUUUUAUUCAUUAAGUGUGCAUGGGUUCAUGUAUUGAUUUUGAAGAGAAAUCGGGAAGAGCAUCAAGGGAACAGGCAUGACUUCAUUUCCUUCAAAAUAACGUUAGCGAAGAGUGUCCAGAUACAAUAAUAGAUUUAGUGUUGACUCGAUAGCAAGAUUCGGACACUGACACAAACAACUUUGCAAUUUAGACACUCCUUAGUUUCAAUAUAAUGUUAUAUCUUGUGUGCUAUGUGGUUUAUAGAAUGUGCUGUAUUACUCAUAAUUGAUAAUCACAUCUACCUACUAGCAUAAUAAUAGAAUAAUUGCAUAAAUGACAAUUACCAUUUCACAUUGUUAAUAGAAGCAAUAGCUGGCAUGACAGGUAACGUUUUAUUUUAAUGUCAAGGACGGUUUAAUUGUAAUGUCAAGGACGGUUUGAUUGCAUGCUAGAACACGUAGGAGUUAAAAACACACUCUUAGGGUCAAAUGCAAUUCCUGAUCGAACAGUAUUGUAUUAUGGAAUCCAACUUCGUCAUUUCAAUUUAAUAAUCAAGACGACUGUACCAGGUACCCAACCGUUACUCCGACAUAGGAAAGAGUUGGAUAGAAAAGGCGAGGGUGGAUGGUUUAAAGGGAACUCAACUGUCAACAUUAAAUUGUCAUAUUUUUGCAAAGGAACCGCACGGGAUAUAUAAUUUUUGUGUGAUAAUUCAGAAAGUGUACACUAUAAGGCGUUACUGGUGUGUUUGCAUGCUAUGUGUGUGGUGUUUGAUCACUUCUAUAUACAGUUCAUUGUUAUAAUCAUCGCAGUUCAUCUAACACAAAUUGUUAAGAUCGUUAUGUUUCAAUGUCUUCGUCAAGUCGACCCUGUACGUCAGGCGACCAGGCAAGCAUAAUUCUGUGUGAUAACGUUUCAUUGUAUGCUUAUUGUUUUCAAAUAAAUUAUUCU